AUGAGUUCGUCAUCGAGUUCGACAAAUUAUGAGAUUGUCGCUCCGAUAUCCAUUCUAUUUGCAUUCGUCGCUAUUGUCAUUGCUUUUUUCAUCUUAGUACUAGUUGCUUCAACCAAACAAUUACGCACUGCAUGUCAUCUACUAACCUGUAACACAUGUUUAUCGUCAAUCCUAUAUUGUAUUGUUCAAUGUAAUAAUUAUAUUUAUCUUUUGUUCAUUAAAUCAAACACAAGUGAUGAUUCGUGUCGAUGGCGAGGUUAUUUCGGAUAUAUAUCCAUCGUUGCCGUGGUUUAUUCAUAUCUUUUACAGGCCAUAUCACGAUUAUUGUUUACUGUUUUGGCAAUGAAAUAUCGAUGGAUGACUUCAUUUAAAAUACAUUUUUGUCUGAUUAUUAUCGGCUGGUUUAUUGUGUUUCUUAUUCCAUUACCAGCACUUUUAACCGACGACAUCAAAUUUCGUUCGGGCUUUUUGUGCUGGGUGCCGCGACAGCAUCUUUUACACGCAAUAUAUACAAUUCUGCUGUAUUAUUUGAUACCGAUCGUUCUGAUUAUUGCNAUGAAACUAAAAUACGUUUAUCAUGUCUACUUGAAUUAA